AGGCAAGAAAAUUGUUGCCACUUAGAAAGUGCCCAAGUAACCCAUCAAUCAUGUGGAAAAUGUCUCAGCAGCAGCAGCAGGAGGAAAAUAGCUUUGAGUUUGUGAAGAUGAAGACCUUCGUUCUGAAGGUUCAUAUUCAUUGUGAAGGCUGCAUGCAGAAAGUGAAGAAAUCACUACUAAAAGUCCAAGGUGUAUACGAAGUGAAAAUAGAUGCUGAAGAAAACAAGGUGACUGUAUCAGGAAACAUUGAUAGCACGAUUUUGAUAAGGAAAUUAGUCAAAUCUGGUAAACAUGCAGAGCUUUGGUCUCCAAGGCAGAGUAAUAGCUGGCUUAAAGAUGAAACUCAGCUGAACCAAAAGCAGAGUCUGAUAGACAGUCUGGAUUCUGGGGAAUUCAAGCCUCUGCCAGCCAAUCCAGAAGAUGAAGAAGUCGACAAGUGGGCGUUGGAAAGAUUUCUGAACAACAAUCACAUAGCAAAAAUGCAGAUGGAUGGUGAAUUUUUAGGUUGGAAAGAAGAAAUCAUCAACGGGAUGAGCAGCAGGGAUGGCAGAAUGGAGUCUACAAUGAAUUUCCCCAGCUAUGCUACUCCCGGAGGAUUUGAAGGGGUCAAAAAUUUAUCUGCAGGAUUGCCAGCUUACGGAUAUCUUUAUCAACACCCAGCAAUGAUGAAUACAGGACCAUGGUACAGCCAUCCAUAUCAUCCCAUGAUGUACAUGAACAUGCCUGAUCUGCAUCCCACAAGCAGCAUGGAGAAUGAUUAUAUGCAUCAACCACUGAGGAAGAUGCAUGCCUUUAACUUGCUUCCAUCUAUCGGCUAACAAUAUGGACCAGUAAUACUUUCAGAAAUUAAUAGCUCAAUUGUAUAAGCUGAUAUAUAUUGCUAGCAUAUCGGAACUAGGGCUUUCAGCUAGUAGGUUUAGUGUGAUCCACUAUGAAGACAGUAACACUAUAACUGCAGUUAAUUGCGUGUUUCUGAACUUACAUGAAUUCAGCCAAUCUCAUUUUAAGGGUAUAUAUCUUUUACAUUAUUUAGCAAAACAUACAGUCAGAAAAUGCAG